CCGAGCGGAUUGUCCGAGGCGCCGGGAGCGCACUUUUGCACCGGUUAGUCACUUUGCGAAAUGGCCGUGCGCAGGAGGAGUGUCGCUGCAAACCAAGUCGGGGGGUGGGGGGGUCGCUCUUCAGGGAUUUGAACAGUGAUGGGCAGCUGUUGGACAUUGAUUUGGCGCAGCGGCUGACGGUGAAUUGAACAGUGCGGUAACGCGGGUUUGUUUUUUUUAACCAUGGACGGAGAAGCUGUCUUUUGUGGCUGUCAGAUGAGGAGAAGGAGGAGGAGCGGCUGAGUUCUCCUCUCUGCUCAGUGCAAGUGUGAGAGAAUCGUGAUGCUGAUUUUUGGCCAAACGUGAGGCUCCCCCGCCGCUGCCGAGCAGGCUUCAGUGUUCGCUCAGUACAGGUGCAUCAGGAUUUGAGUGGACGUGAUCAGACCCGUCAACAUGGCAUUCACCUUCAUAUCGCAUCCCACCUCCGUCUUUUCCGCCUGCAAACCGCUGACAAGGAUACAGGAAACGUGUCUGCACAUAUAACGGAUUCGAAUUGGCCAAUUGAUGCUGCUGCUUGCACUAUGAUCUCUGGGGAACUAUCCGAGUUGUGUAAUGGUUUUAUUCCAUUUGCAGCGCGUGCCCUGCAACCUCCGUGGAUGAUGGCUAAUUGGGCCCAAUGAUGUAGAGCCAAAUCCACCUGGAUCUAAUGUUCCCUCCUCUCGUGGCUCCCUUGUGACUUUUUGCGCAUGUUCAAUUGUUUUUUUUAAUUCCCAGAGCUUUUCACUACUCUCGGCUAUUGCUUUUGGUGAUUUCAUUUUAUUUCUAAAGGCUUUUAAGGACGACUGUUUGCUUCUGAAAGUGGCGAUUAAACUGACUGCUAACUUUACAUUUUACAUUCAAAGCCCUCAGGCUGUCUGAAGCGUGAUCAGCUAUGGAAAGUUCAGCUAAUAAAAGACAUUUAAUGCGCCUCAUCCUUGGGACUAAAUAGUUCCCUUCCCUCUUUUAAGUGGAACAAAACUUCAUUUUCCCUCCCCUGUCUCGUAUAGGCUAUUUGUUUAGAUAACAUUCUGUCACUGCAUCCACUUUUCCACUAUGUCCAGAUCAAACAGUGUCAGCCCACCCGGAAUCGGUGCGCCCGGGUUGAGGGGAGGGACCGAGCACAGAUCAGCUUGGGGAGAGUCUCAGUCUGUGGCCAACGGGUGCCCAUACUCAGCAAGAUCUCCGCGCAGAAAGCUCACCCGGACCAACAGCCGGUGGACGGAGGAGGAUGAUCUGGACCACCGGCCGCCCGGGCGAGCCUCCACGACCGUCAGCAGGGUCAGCUUCAGGUCCAGGUCGGCUUGGCAGGACCAUGGAGAGGAGAGCCGAGACAACAACCGCGCGUCAUCUAAACGUCCAGACGGCGAGGUGAGACCCAAGUCCGUGGAGCUGGGUCUGGAAGAGCGGAGAGCCAAGCCGAGGACCGACGAGGAAGAGGUCAUGCCCGAAGUAAACUUUUCCUUCGUGGCGUGCUGCACCAGCGUCAUGCACAUUUUCAAAUCCAAAAAAUUCCAGUCGGAGAAGUUGGAGCGGCUCUACCAGCGCUACUUUUUCCGUCUCAACCAGAGCAGCUUGACUAUGCUCAUGGGCGUACUUGUGCUGGUGUACACGGUCAUGUUGGGCUUUCACUGCUCCGGUGGGAGAUCGGGACCGAGCGUAACGUACGUGGUGGUAUUUUCUGUGGCCAUCUUCCUCACGCUCGUGCUCAUGGUAAUCUGCAACAGGAACGGAUUUCACCAGGACCACAUGUGGGUCGUGUGCUAUGUGGUCAUCCUGAUGGUGUUGGUGAUCCAGGUGAUCGGAGUACUGCUCGUACGGCCCAGAAGUGCCUCGGAGGGGAUCUGGUGGACCGUGUUCUUCAUCCAUGUCAUCUACACUCUGCUUCCCGUCAGGAUGCGCGCUGCGGUCAUCACUGGAGUUAUUCUUUCCGCCAUCCACGUGGCCAUUUCUUGGAUGUUAAACGAAACGGACAGCUUUCUGUGGAAACAGAUCGUGUCCAACGUGCUGAUCUUUUCCUGCACCAACAUCGUGGGCGUGUGCACCCAUUACCCUGCUGAGGGUUCCCAGAGGCAAGCCUUUCAGGAGACCAGGGAAUGCAUCCAGGCUCGCCUCCACUCCCAGAGGGAAAAUCAGCAGCAGGAACGUCUGCUGCUCUCAGUGCUUCCUCGCCAUGUUGCCAUGGAGAUGAAAGCUGACAUAAACGCCAAGCAGGAAGACAUGAUGUUUCACAAGAUCUACAUCCAAAAGCACGACAACGUCAGCAUCUUAUUUGCGGACAUUGAGGGUUUCACCAGUCUGGCAUCGCAGUGCACAGCACAGGAGCUGGUGAUGACUCUCAAUGAACUGUUCGCCCGCUUUGACAAGUUGGCAGCGGAGAACCACUGUCUGCGGAUCAAGAUUUUGGGAGACUGCUACUACUGUGUGUCUGGUCUGCCGGAGGCGAGGGCCGACCACGCCCACUGCUGUGUGGAGAUGGGGCUGGACAUGAUAGAGGCUAUCUCGCUGGUACGGGAGGUGACUGGGGUAAACGUCAACAUGCGAGUGGGCAUCCACAGUGGCAGAGUGCACUGUGGGGUGCUGGGGCUCAGGAAGUGGCAGUUUGAUGUCUGGUCCAACGAUGUCACGCUAGCAAAUCAGAUGGAAGCUGGGGGCAAAGCAGGGCGCAUCCAUAUAACUAAAGCCACUCUGAAUUACCUGAAUGGGGACUAUGAUGUGGAACCGGGAACAGGAGGAGAAAGAAAUGCCUACCUGAAGAAGCACAACAUAGAAACCUACCUCAUUGUGGGCUGCAGUCAGAAAAGGAAAGAGGAAAAGGCCAUGAUUGCCAAAAUGAACCGGCAGAGGACCAACUCUGUCACCCACAACAGUGGACACUGGACCGACCGUCCCUUUUACAACCAUUUAGGUGGAAACCAGAUCUCCAAAGAUUUGAAGAGGAUGGGCUUUGAAGACCCCAAAGACAAGCAUUUUAUUUUCAGAAACACACAGGAAAACCUAAACCCAGAGGACGAGGUGGAUGAGUUUCUGGGCCGGGCCAUCGACGCGCGCAGCAUCGACCGUCUGCGCUCGGAACACGUCAAGAAAUUCCUGCUCACCUUCAGAGAGCCUGACCUGGAGAAAAAGUACUCCAAACAGGUGGACUCCAGGUUUGGGGCUUAUGUGGCCUGCGCCUCCCUCGUCUUUCUCUUCAUCUGCUUCAUCCAGAUUGUCAUCGUGCCACCCUCCAGACUGAUGAUCGGCUUCUUCAUCACCUGUCUCAUUAUCCUGACGGCUGUUAUGUUCGUCUCAGCUGUGUACUGCUGUUUUGGGAUCUUCCCAGUGCCUCUGCAGACACUCUCUAAGAGAAUAGUUCAGUCUAGACUAAACAGCACCUUGGUUGGUGUCUUCACCAUCAUCAUCGUCUUUCUUUCUGCUUUCGUCAACAUUUUCACGUGCAGCAGCCAUGACCUGUGGAGUUGCAUCAAAGCACAGCACAACAUCAGCCUGGACGGUGUCAAUGCCUGCCAUGCUUACUUCCUCAACUACACCCUGGACACACAACACAGCCCCUGUGGACAUGAUGGCCUCAUCUGCAGCUUUCCUGAGUACUUCUCGUCCUGCGUGCUGCUGAGCCUGCUGGCCUGUUCCGUCUUCCUGCAGGUCAGCAGCAUCGGUAAGCUCUUCCUCAUGCUCUUCAUCGAACUGCUUUACCUUCUCAUCAUGGAGGUGCCCAAAGUGAGCCUCUUUGACAACCAGGACCUGCUGGUCAUGGCCAAUGCCAUCAACAGCGCUGAGCCCAUGAAUGGAACAAGGUGUGGAGUAGACAAGGUGCCUCUAAAGAUCAUGACUCCAGUGGUGAUCACAGUCUUCGUCCUUGCCCUGUACCUUCACGCCCAGCAGGUGGAGUCAACAGCAAGGCUUGACUUCCUGUGGAAACUGCAGGCCACAGAGGAAAAGGAGGAGAUGGAGGAAUUGCAAGCCUACAACCGCCGUCUACUCCACAACAUCCUUCCCAAAGACGUGGCUGCUCACUUCCUGCAGCGGGAACGUCGGAACGAUGAGCUCUACUACCAGUCGUGCGAGUGUGUUGCAGUUAUGUUUGCCUCUAUUAGUAAUUUUUCCGAGUUCUAUGUAGAGUUGGAGGGCAACAACGAGGGAGUGGAGUGCCUGCGACUGCUUAAUGAAAUCAUCGCCGACUUUGAUGAGAUCAUCAGCGAGGAUCAGUUCCGCCAGCUGGAGAAGAUCAAGACUAUCGGCUCCACAUACAUGGCAGCCUCCGGCCUCAAUGACUCCACAUAUGACAAGGUCGGGCGGUCACACAUCCGUGCUCUCGCUGACUACGCCAUGAGGCUGAUGGACCAGAUGAAAUACAUCAAUGAACACUCCUUUAACAACUUCAAGAUGAAAAUAGGUCUUAACAUCGGCCCGGUGGUGGCUGGGGUGAUCGGGGCCAGGAAACCUCAGUACGACAUCUGGGGGAACACUGUAAAUGUGGCGAGUCGCAUGGACAGCACAGGUGUACCAGAGAGAAUCCAGGUGACCCCAGAACUGCACCAGGUACUGAGCUCUUAUAACUACACACUGGAAUACAGAGGAGUGGUCACAGUCAAGGGCAAAGGAGAGAUGAUGACCUACUUCCUCACCAGUGGACCUUCCAGCAGUUAACCCACACUAAGUGACAGACACAUAGGGGGUUACACGCCUUACGACAUAAAAGCAGGCUUAGGGUGGACUGAGAUUGAACUUUUCUCACAGCACUGAACCCUUCUGAAACCUGAGGCCAUAAAGGAUGGGGAAAAUUUUCAUCCCAACGCCCAGCCUGUGGGGGAGCCGAUGAGUCGGAGAAGCCUUGCUACGAGUCAGCCGAUGAGACCAAAGAUGUCCAGUCAGAGCAUAAAGACAGAUUGUUGGCCAGCUGUGCGAGUCUGGGUCCUGAAGGAAAAAUGGUCAAUAAGAAAUUUGAUUUGCUUCAAUCAGCCGUAAUUUUCCGAUGGGUUUUUGGACACACCUGCGGGAGGACAUAAGCUGCAUUACCUCUUCUCUUUCGCUCUGCCUUGCUCCUGCUGAAGUAUAUACAGUAUGUACAUGUAAAACACAGACAGUUUUAUGUGUAUGUACAGAAUUUCACGUAUGGUUUGUAAAACCUUUGGUCCAUGUUGUGAUGCAGGUAUGAAUCUCUCAAGUAUGGACACUAAGCCAGCACUGCAGCACUAUCCGUCCUUGUGUCAUUAUCUAAUCACAUUGGUAACUAACAGAUUCAUGGAGGAGAUGGUCUUUAUUGCUGAAGAGUGUCCUACAGGUAACCGGGUUUUCUGAGAUUAUAUGAAUUUCCUUUUAUAACAGAAAGAAAACGCUGCACAGUGUUUACAGAAAGCUUCCCGCCAGAUGUGCAAUAUCACAACCUCAGUAGUAUC